AUGAGUACAGCAAGAUUUAUCAAGUGUGUGACUGUAGGAGAUGGGGCUGUAGGAAAGACAUGCAUGCUAAUUUCCUACACUAGCAACACCUUUCCAACGGACUAUGUUCCUACAGUGUUCGACAACUUCAGUGCUAAUGUGGUGGUAGAUGGUAGUACAGUGAAUAUUGGAUUAUGGGACACCGCAGGGCAAGAAGAUUACAACAGGCUAAGGCCACUGAGCUACAGAGGAGCUGAUGUGUUUUUACUGGCCUUCUCCCUUAUCAGCAAGGCCAGUUAUGAGAACAUUUAUAAAAAGUGGAUCCCUGAGCUAAGACAUUAUGCUCCAAAUGUGCCAAUAAUCCUUGUAGGAACCAAGCUUGAUUUGCGAGAAGACAAGCAAUACUUGGUAGAUCAUCCUGGCGCAGCACCAAUAACAACAGCUCAGGGUGAAGAAUUGAAGAAAAUGAUCGGUGCUGUAAUUUACAUAGAGUGCAGUUCCAAAACACAACAGAAUGUGAAGACAGUGUUUGAUGCUGCAAUAAAGGUUGCUUUGCGGCCACCAAAACCAAAGAAGAAACCCCGAAAGCAAAGAACAUGCGCUUUCCUCUAG